AUGGUUUGGUUUGAAAUUAUUCCAGCACUUGUUCUUACUGCAGGUCCACUUCUAGUUGUUGCUGCACCUGUUAUGUUUAUCAGCAAUUGGUAUUUUCUCAAUGGAAAAAAAUAUGGACCGAAAAAUAUGACGAAAGAUGAUCGAGAUUAUUACAUGUAUUUAAGAGAUCGACGUAUUACAGGAAAUGAAUAUUAUCCUCGUGGCGUCGAAGCGAUUGAUGAACGUCCUACAUUGGCCAAACUCCGUAACAUUUGGAAUAUGUAG